AUGGGAAGUCGCAAUUCCAGAAGCCCUCCUCUCUACGCUGGACGUGGGAGUCACCCAGUGGAGGAGAGAGAGAGAAAUCCCAGGAUUAUCAUCAACUGGGAUCUCUUCGCUACGCUAGCCGGCUUUUGGGAAGAUUCCGCAAUGGACAACAUCGACGAGGAAUAUGACCGGCUCGUUAGACACCUUCAUGACUGCGUGAAGAAGGCUGAGCAUGGAGCAGCACGAGCCGCAGGGAGUCAAGAACUCACGUCCGAGCUCACAAUGCUUUGCAGAGAGGCGAUAAAGGAAUACCUUAAAGAGAGAAGAGCAGAAGUGCUGGCUGAAGCCGCAGAGGCGGGAAAGAGUACCCGCUAUGCCCGUCAAGACUUCGUCAGUCGCAAGACAACGAUUACAGCUCUCCGGAACCAGAAGGGAACAACCAUUGCAUCGAGAAGGGGAAUGGGGAAAACCAUCUACGACUUCUACUUUGAUGUCUUCGACAGCCAUGUCCAGUUGCCUCCUCACCAUCUGAGGGAAGACGGACAAGUCAUUCCAGAGAUUCUCCCGUCCGAAAUACGACAUGCUACCAUGUCGUAUUUCGGACGGGAGAACCUCUGGAAUGGUGCGGCACCCGGUCCCGACAGAAUAAGACCAGAAUACCUGAAUAACCUUCCGCCAGUACUCAUCAACACCCUGGCGAGGCUCUUUACACAUUAUCUCUCGGAAUGCAAGGUUCCUAAACAGUGGAAGAGCAGCAAGACCGUGUUGUUGUAUAGAAAGGGAGAUCCACAUGACAUCGGCAACUAUCGUCCAAUCUGCCUACUGUCCGUCAUCUAUAAGCUCUUUACAAGAGUGAUCCUUAACAGGACUGAAAAAGUAUUGGAUGAAGGACAGUCAUGCGAGCAAGCAGGGUUUCGAAAAGGAUUCAGCACGAUUGACUACAUUCACACUGUUUCGAAACUCAUCGAAGCAUCGCGAGAGUAUAAGAUGCCGCUCUGUCUCACCUUCAUCGAAUUGAAGAAGACCUUCGACUCAGUUGAGACGGAAGCCUUGGACAACCAAGGCGUCCCUACUCAGUACAUAAAGGUACUUCGAGAGUUGUACAGUAACUUCACGACCGGAAUUUCGCCAUUCUACAAGAACAUCAUCAUUGACGUGAAGAGGGGGGUCCGACAGGGUGAUACAAUUUCACCCAAAAUUUUCACAGCUACCCUCGAGAACGCAAUGCGAAAGUUGGAAUGGGACGACCUGGGAGUGAAGGUUGAUGCAUCAAGCCAAGCGGAACGAAUGCUGACCGAAUUCGACGAAACAUGUGGAUGCAUCGGUCGUCAGUUGAAUCUACAAAAGACGAUGUUCAUGCGGAACGGAUGGGUCUCGGAUGCCCCAUUCACGCUCAACGGAACGAACAUAUCUGAAUGCACCAGCUACGUUUAUCUGGGUCGAGAACUGAACAUGAUGAACGACCUGACCCCCGAGCUGGGCAGGAAGAGACGAGCGGCUUGGGGAGCGUACAAGAGCAUCGAGGAUGUAGUGAAGAACACCAGAAACACCCGGCUCCGUGCUCGCCUCUUCAACACCACCGUACUUCCUGCUUUGACCUAUGCUUCGGAAACCUGGGCAUUUCGCAAGCAGGAAGAAAACGCGGUGAGCGUCACUGAACGCGCAAUUGAGAGAGUGAUGCUAGGAGUAUCCCGUUUCACGCAAGUGAGGGACGGGAUUCGAAGUUCCCUCCUACGUCAACGAUCGAAGAUUAGGGUUGCGUGUAAAGAGGGUCCCGGCGGAAUUUCGAGCAUGCCCCGCUCAUGCCUCGUCAGAACAAUUAGCGAUGGUGCGUGUCCUAAAGAGAUUCACUUUCGUUAG